AUGCCCAGUGCCUGUCCUGUGACGCCCAGUACCAGUCCUGUGACGCCCAGUACCAGUCCUGUGAUGCCCAGUGCCUGUCAUGUGACGCCCAGUGCCAGUCCUGUGACGCCCAGUGCCAGUCCUGUGACGCCCAGUGCCAGUCCUGUGACACCCAGUGCCAGUCCUGUGACACCCAGUGCCAGUCCUGUGACACCCAGUGCCAGUCCUGUGACGCCCAGUGCCAGUCCUGUGACGCCCAGUGCCAGUCCUGUGACGCCCAGUACCAGUCCUGUGACGCCCAGUGCCUGUCCUGUGACGCCCAGUGCCUGUCCUGUGACGCCCAGUGCCAGUCCUGUGACACCCAGUGCCAGUCCUGUGAUGCCCAGUGCCAGUCCUGUGAUGCCCAGUGCCAGUCCUGUGAUGCCCAGUGCCAGCCCCGUGACACCCAGUGCCAGUCCUGUGACGCCCAGUGCCUGUCCUGUGACGCCCAGUGCCAGUCCUGUGACACCCAGUGCCAGUCCUGACACCCAGUGCCAGCCCUGUGACACCCAGUGCCAGCCCCGUGACACCCAGUGCCAGUCCUGUGACGCCCAGUGCCUGUCCUGUGACGCCCAGUGCCAGUCCUGUGACGCCCAGUGCCAGCCCUGUGACACCCAGUGUCAGCCCUGUGACACCCAGUGCCUGUCCUGUGACACCCAGUGCCUGUCCUGUGACACCCAGUGCCAGUCCUGUGACGCCCAGUGCCUGUCCCGUGACACCCAGUGCCAGUCCCGUGACACCCAGUGCCAGUCCUGUGACACCCAGUGCCAGUCCUGUGACAUCCAGUGCCAGCCCUGUGACACCCAGUGCCUGUCCUGUGAUGCCCAGUGCCAGUCCUGUGACACCCAGUGCCUGUCCUGUGACACCCAGUGCCAGUCCUGUGACGCCCAGUGCCAGUCCUGUGACACCCAGUGCCAGUCCUGUGACGCCCAGUGCCUGUCCUGUGACGCCCAGUGCCAGUCCUGUGACGCCCAGUGCCUGUAA